UCCCCUGAAAACCAAGCCCACUGGUAGGAUGACUGUUCAGGCGAUGGGCGGAGUAGGUCGGGCAACAGGGAAGCAACAGCGAGAACUACUCAGAAUGUCUACCUGAGGUCUGAGGCCAGAUGGGCUCCAGGACGGCUUUUCCGAUGAGACAAAAAUGCUCAUAACGCUGUGCUACGUCUAUCUGUGGGUGCGCUUUCAGAAGUGCUACACAUUGGUUAUCCGGAGUACCGUGCACAGGCUGUGCGGAACGAGAAGUAGUUUUACCUUUUGCGCUGUGCGAUCAGCGACUACACAGAGCGGGCAAGACACCACCAGUGAUCAAAGUUUCAUUCAACAGCAGCGUUCUUCCUUGCCCGAAGAUACCGUUUUUCUCAAGUUAGGCAACAAGGUCAUUUACAUUACCGAGCCGCAGGCUUGCGAUGACAUUAGUAAGUGGACAUUGCUGUUGGGAUCAUCUUUGGCUUAUGGUCCAAGGACAGAAAACAUUGCUUUCAUCAUAGAGGCAGCAUCUGGACAAAGAAUUGACAUUGCUACACCUACCUCAUCAAACAAGAAGGUGCUUAAGUGGUCAGACUACUGUUUACCUCUGGCCUGCAGCCCUGGUCAGCCGUAUAAGGCGGUGGCAGAGGCCAGCGUGGAGAACUUCAGCCGGCUGGGCGUGGCCUUCAUGGAAGACCGGCUGUGGAUGGACCAUGGCCUCAUACCUGAAAAGAUAGUUUCUGUCCUCCUCAGGGACUCUGCACUUCAGGAACUCGUUGAGAAGAAACGGCUGGAGAUCCGUAACCACACGGAGCACAUCUCAGAACUGCCGGCAGAAAUCGUGCUAUCGGAACCUUCGCCGUGCGAGGAGGAGAAAGGCGGGGCGGGGGGAGGGGCCGCGCCACAAGUGGCUCAGGAGAGCAGUCUGCGGCCCACGGAGGGCCAGCGGGGACUGGAGGAGAGGCGCGUUUCGGAGGGCGGGCGUAGCGCGGGGACGGAGCAGGAGGAGGACGGGGACUGCGACUCCGCCAGGGGCAGCCACAUGGAGGGCCACCCCCACCACCUCCACCUGUCCAGCUGCCACGAGUGCCAGGAGCUGGAGAACAGCACCAUCCUGUCGGUGAAGUUCGCCUCGGCCGAGAACAUCCCCGAUCUGCCCGACGACUACGGCGGGGACGAGGGGGAGGGGGAGGGCGAGGGCGAGGGCGAGGGCGAAGGCUUCGCUGGCCAGGCCAGGAGGGUCAACCCCAGCGGCAAGCCGCCCAAUGUGGUGGUGUACGCGGGCGGCUGCCAGGUGCGGUUCGAGCAGGUGCGCUCAGUGCUGGCCGAGUGCGUGGACACGGACAGCUACGCCAUCUACCCCCUGCGGCCCCAGCAGGCCCUGAGCGAGCCCUGGCUUGACAGCGCCCUCCUGCUGGUGCUGGCGUCCGACGAGGCCCUCACCCCGCAGCUCCACGAGCGCUUCCUGGCCUACCUGGAGCGGGGUGGGAAGGUCCUGGGCCUCGGCUCCACGUUCUGCCCCGGCCCGCUGUCCGUGGUCCGCCGGGAGGGCCAGAGGAACCGGGUGCACCGGCUGAGCUUCACCAAGGCCGACUCCAGCGAGCUGGAGCUCAGCGUCGUGGCCAGCGGGAGGGCCUUUGAGCGGGAGGCAGCCCAUGACUCCGCGGGACAGGUGGAGCUUUGGGGCGAGCUGCGCGGGGACGUCCGGGACAUGGCCAUCGUCAGGGUGACGCACGGAGAGGAGGGAGGGGAGGCCAUACUCUGCCAGGUCCGACUGGAGAUUACGCCUGACUCCCAGGAAGUGGAGACCCCACAGGAUUUUGACGAGCUCAAAAUGAGCAACGCCCGGCGCUACGAGGUUCUGACCGAAGUGCUGAGCUACCUGGGACUGAGCUGUGAGCUGAGCCAGGCCCCUCCCCCAAGCCCUGUCUACCUCCUCUCCACCUCUCAGGAAUGCCGGGGCCAGCUGCUGGACUGGCUGCAGAGGCAGGUGGAUGGAGAGGGACUGCUCAAGUCCCCCAAAGUGAAGCUGAAAGUGGUUUCGUGUGCGGAGCCCCAGCCGGUCCUACCGGAGGGGGUGCUUGCCCUGGUCACCGAGCCCCCAGAGGUCGUCUCCCAGCAGUUCAGCCUGGAGACGUACCGCCUCAACCUGCGCACUCGAACCCUGGGCCGGAGCCUGCUGUACGCCGAGGUCACCCCCACCACCAUGGACCUGCUGGAGGGGUUGAUGCUCCAGUUGCCACAGGAAGUGGGGUUAAUAGCUGUGGCGGCCCGGCAGACUCGGGGCAAAGGUCGCGGGGGCAACGCCUGGCUCAGCCCGCUGGGGUGUGCCAUGUUCACCCUGCACGUGCAGGUGCCGGUCAGCUCCCGCCUGGGCCAGCGAAUCCCCUUCCUGCAGCACCUGGCUGCGCUGGCAGUGGUGGAGGCGGUGAGAACCCUGCCCGGAUACGAGGACAUUGAUUUGAGACUAAAGUGGCCCAAUGACAUUUACUACUGUGACCUCAUGAAACUGGGCGGAGUUUUGGUGAACUCAACACUUAUGGGACCAACAUUUCAUUUGCUUAUUGGUUGUGGAUUCAAUGUGAGUAACAGCAACCCCACCAUCUGCAUCAACGACCUGGUGGUGCAGCACAACCGUGAACGGGGGACGGCCCUGGAGCCUCUGAGCACGGAUCAGCUGAUCGCUCGCACCGUCACCACCCUGGAGCAGCUCAUCUCCGCCUUCCAGGAACAGGGCCCGCAGGCCGUCCUGCCCCUCUACUAUAAGAGAUGGGUGCACAGCGGCACGCAGGUGCGCCUCUGGAGCGAGGACGGCCCGAGAGCCGCCGUGGUGGGGCUGGACGACAACGGCUUCCUGCAGGUGCGGUCUCCGGAGCAGGGCGUGGUCUCGGUGCAGCCUGAUGGAAACUCCUUCGACAUGCUGAGGAACCUGAUCGUAAGCAAGCACAGCUAGGCCUCAGUGGAGCCUUGGAGCAACCACCUGUCCAGCCUCUAAAGUGUUAGCCUGGCACCAAACCAUUGGCUUACACCACAAGACAUUACUGACCAAGAUUACUUUUUUUUCUUAAUGGCAAAAUGGCCAAAAUUAUUUUCUCUCAUGUAUGAAGAUUUGAGAUUGGAACCUGGGGGAACCAAAGGACAAGGAAUAAAUCAUUUCAAAUAAAGAUAUAGGAUAAUAGUUAUAUUAUAUCAAGGAAUUGAGUGACUAUUUUUAUAGAAAAAAAAGGGAGGUGACUUGUGUGUAUUGGGAAGUCACUAACAAAGGGUAAAUUUAUUCAUCUUAAUAUUAUAGUUUUUUAUUUGUUGGAAGUUGUUAAAAUUCCUAUUUGAACAGCCGUACCAUGGAUUUGGGUUGAGUAUAUUUAAUUGUUUGAUGUAAAAAAGAUCAAUAGUCAGAUUAAUUUCAAUAUAAGCACUUAAAGAAGAAUGUAGAAUGAGCAUAUUUAAUUGUUUGAGGCAAAACAAAAUAUUAAUUUGUCAAAUUAAGUAUAAACGCUUACAUAAAAUUUAUAAUGUAAUUUGUGUGUGAGUUGAGUGACUUGUUAAGAACUGUAAGUCUUCCUUUUUUGUACCAACAGUGUAUUAAGUAUUCCUGUACAUGGGGCUGAUUUUCAUUUGCUUAAAUCUUGAUGCUUUAAAUUCUAGACAUCGCAACCCACAGCUGUAUUUCUUUUUAACAUGGAUCUGGUAGGCCUCGUCGAUCUGGUAUGUGAUAGACAUUGAACAUUUCAACGUCUUCUGGUCUUCUGGUCUUCAGGUGUACAGAAGCGAAUUGCUUAACAGUGCUCGGAUGGUAUUGACGUGUUAGGUCACCCAGUUUAAUGCAGAAGUAUCAUUUUAGAUGCAAACACAUUGUAAUAGACUUCCAAAAAAGCUGGCUCCUAUCCAGAAGGCAGGAACGUGCAAAUAGAUUUAUGUUAAACAUUUAGUUUCACGGCUCUGAAUAACCAAAGGCCUGUACCCUGUUUUAAGUGUUGUGCACUUAUAUGAUCCAAAAUGAUUUUGAAACACAAGCACCUUUUUCUGUUCUUAGGGGCUGUAUGUUGGACUUUUUCUUAUUGAUGAGAUUGAACUAUCUGUUAAGAUUGUGCCUCAUAUUUACGUCUAUUUUAAAUGCGCAUGCUGGACUUAUACCUGGUCUUUCACUAAUUGCAUUGUUUUAGCUAUUGCAAUUGGUAGUUAUAAUGGAACAAUGAUCAGACGACCUCUCGCGUUUGUAUUUUGAAGUGAUUGGCUUAUUUUGUUGUUAAGUGAAAUUGCUCUUGAACAUCACUUGACUAAACUCCUGUGUUGAAUAACACAACAGAGAAAUUGACUGCUUGAUGUGAUAAUUUGUAUGUGUUUUCAUACUUACUAAUAACUGGAUUACCCUGGAUCUUCACCCCUUUCAAUCAGUCCUUCAAAUAUGCAGUUGCAUAGAAUAGAAGUGAAUUUACAGAGAGCAGGUUGUGCUAACCAUUGUGGUUGUGGUAACCAUUACCGGGAAAAGAUUUGGGUUUUCCUUAGGGUCUGAGUUUGUGUAUCUGUAAAAUGUAUCAUUAACAACAAGCUGAUGAGUGUUUUGGCUUUAGUUAGUUUGUUUUAGUUAAAUAGUUUGCAAUACAGUACUAAGUAUGGACCCUCCACUAUUAAAAGUCCCUGUUCAGUCUCUUUCUUCUUGCAGUUAUAGUGUUUCUGAAGCUUUAGUUAGUUUGUUUUAGUUAAAUAGUUUGCAAUACAGUACUAAGUAUGGACCCUCCACUAUUAAAAGUCCCUGUUCAGUCUC